AUGAUAUUAAAGGUAAUAUCAGACACCAUGGGGAUAAGAAGGGGACGAGGGAAACUAGGUUUUCAGAAGUGCCAAGAAAUUCCUGGAAGUCAAGAGCAACUGUCCAGAAAUGGACAAAAGAGAAAGGUGUUAUACAUUCAGUUAAAAAGUGAAAGCAACUUCCAUGUCUGCAUUGGAGAGGCCAAUGUUCCUGGGAAGAGAGGCUUUCAAGUUCAGUUUGCAGAGCACUUCGCAGAAAGACUGAGUGUCCAUCGUUUAUAUCAAAAACCUCCUGGAAUGCUGGUGAAGACUGGGGGCGCUUUAGGUACCUCCUUGGCAGCUCCAACGAGGAAGGAGCUGGGGACCCCUGCUCCUCUCAGCUGCGCUCUGUUCUCCCCAGAGGCUUGCUGGAGGGCGAGCAGUUCAGCAAGAACUCAAAACAAGGGCACAGCUCUCACGGAUUCCAUGCCUGACACCCAAGACCACAGCGGGCCUGUGGCCAACGGGGACAAAAAAUCCACAGCGGCUGCCAGCUGCGCGCCGCCAGCCAGAGGGCCGAGAGCCGCGGGGAGAAGGCCAUCACCCAGGUCAGCAAGGGCACCUGCGCGCAAGAGGCGGAAGGGUAAAGCCGGGGCAGCAGCCGGCGGCCCGGGGGUAAGCGGCGUGUGCGUGUGCAAGAGCCGUUACCCGGUGUGCGGCAGCGAUGGCACCACCUACCCAAGCGGCUGCCAGCUGCGCGCCGCCAGCCAGAGGGCCGAGAGCCGCGGGGAGAAGGCCAUCACCCAGGUCAGCAAGGGCACCUGCGAGCAAGGUCCUUCCAUAGUGACGCCCCCCAAGGACAUCUGGAAUGUCACUGGUGCCCAGGUGUACUUGAGCUGUGAGGUCAUCGGAAUCCCGACACCUGUCCUCAUCUGGAACAAGGUAAAAAGGGGUCACUAUGGAGUUCAAAGGACAGAACUCCUACCUGGUGACCGGGACAACCUGGCCAUUCAGACCCGGGGUGGCCCAGAAAAGCAUGAAGUAACUGGCUGGGUGCUGGUAUCUCCUCUAAGUAAGGACGAUGCUGGAGAAUAUGAGUGCCAUGCAUCCAAUUCCCAAGGACAGGCUUCAGCAUCGGCAAAAAUUACAGUGGUUGAUGCCUUACAUGAAAUACCAGUGAAAAAAGGUGAAGGUGCUGAGCUAUAAACCUCCAGAAUAUAUUAGUCUGCAUGGUUAAAAGUAGUCAUGGAUAACUACAUUACCUGUUCUUGCCUAAUAAGUUUCUUUUAAUCCAAUCCACUAACACUUUAGUUAUAUUCACUGGUUUUAUACAGAGAAAUACAAAAUAAAGAUCACACAUCGAGACUAUCUACAAAACUUUAUUAUAUAUUUACAGAAGAAAAGCAUGCAUAUCGUUAAACAAAUAAACUACUUUUUUAUCACAACACAGUA